CAACAAGAUGGCGGCGACUGAGUGCCAAGUGCCAAGUGUGACGAUUAUAAAUUUGGGCCUAAGUUUAUCGUAGUCAGCCGUGUUAGUGGUGCUAGGCUGUACGCAGUUGUAUGUUUGGUAUAAGAAAACUGAGAUAAGUACUCUAAAUGUAAAAUUGCUAAAAUUUUUAUUAUAAAUUUGCAUUUAUUGUCAAAUGCUUGUCGUUAUACUCCAUAUUAUUUCCGGUAAAUCACUGUUGCCAGCGCCACUAUUUGGUACUACAUUUCUGUGACAGAUUUUCGCCUCACUUUUAGAGGCGAAAUCAGGUUUAGUUCGGUCUCCUGGUUCUAGUCUUCAUAGUAUUUUCUUUGCUGGUAGCACGUGGUUGAGAUUCGUACAUUUGAAUAUUUAUAUAAGUUUUUUAAAAGAUGCCAGCCAAAAUAAAAAACAAAAUACUUAUAUACGAGGGGAGCAAUUACUUGAGAUAUCGCUUAUUACUAUCCACAUUAUCUGGAAAACCAGUGAAGAUUACUAAUAUUAGAACAAAAAAUGACGAUCCUGGUCUUAAAGAAUAUGAGAUUAAUUUUAUCCGUCUGUUGGAUAAGAUAACUAAUGGAACAAAAAUUGAACUGAAUGAAACAGGUACCAGUAUAUAUUAUAAUCCUGGUUUAUUAAACGGUGGUGAAUUGGAACAUGAUUGCAGUUUGCAAAGAGGUAUUGGUUAUUAUUUGGAAGCAGUUAUGAUACUUGCUCCAUUUUGUAAAAAUUGUAUUGAUUUGAAGCUCAAAGGAGUAACUAAUAAUACUAUAGAUCCAUCUGUGGAUAGAAUUCAGGCCGCUGGCAUACCAAUACUAAAAAGAUUUCUAGUAGUAGGUAACAAUGAAAUUGUUUUAACUAUUCGCAAGAGAGGAGUUGCACCUUUGGGAGGUGGAGAAGUACAAUUUAAAUGUCCUAUUAAUCGUCAUCUUAAAACAAUUCAGUUAGAAGAUAGUGGAAUGGUAAAACGUAUCAGGGGUACUGCAUGUAGUAUAAGAGUUUCUCCAGCAAUCGCUAAUCGUAUUGUUGAAUCAGCAAAAAGUGUCCUUUUAAAAUUCUUACCAGAUGUAUAUAUUUAUGUGGACCAUUGUAAAAGAUCAACCAGUGGAAAGUCCCCAGGUUUUGGAGUUACAUUGGCAGCGGAAACUACUAAAGAAGUAUUUUUUAGUGGGCAAGCAUUCUCUCCGCUAAUGACAACAGGGUCGUUGCCAUGUGUACCUGAAGAUCUUGGAAAAGAAGCCGCAAUGAAACUUUUAGAUGAAAUUUAUAGGAAUGGGUGUGUAGAUUCUGUUUUUCAAAGCAUGACUGCUACAUUUAUGGCUCUUGGCAAAAAAGAUGUUUGUAAAGUUAGAGUAGGGCCAUUGACUCCAGCCAUCAACACUGAGUGCUUAAAGCGUAUUUUGGGAGUGCAAAAUGCUUUCAGUGUGUACCGAGUGUGUACUGAGGUAAAACUAACCCUGAGUAUAGAGGCAGGGAUUACUUCAAUGUUACAUUAUUUGAACUGUUCACUGCUGUGACAAUGGACUUUAUGUUUAGUAAAUUAAUUUUUAGAAUCGUCUUCAUCAAGUGAGGAUGAAAUUUUAUUAUUUACAAAUGUGAAAAAAAAGAAACAAUUAUGGAUUAUAAAAAUUUUUUCUUUUAUAAAUUAAAAAAAAUUGAGUAAGAAUAAAAUGUUUCCUUUAUAAAGCAUUGCAAAAUUAUUUUUUACAUAAAUUUUACAAUUGUAUUUGAAAAGAGGUUAGUACCAAAUGGUGGCGCUGACGAUGCUGAUACAUCGGAAUUACACUGGAAUAUUGGUAUAAGAAAACUGAGAUAAGUACUCUAAAAUGUAAAAUUGCUAAGAUUUUUAUUAUAAAUUUGCAUUUAUUGUCAAAUAUUUGAGUUCUUACAAUUAUUCGUCGUUAUACUUCAUAUUUUUUCGGUAAAUCAUUGUCGCCAGCGCCAUCAUUUGGUACUACAUUUCUAACAGAUUUUCGCCUCACUUUUGGAGGCGAAAUCAGGCUUAGGAUCUACAAUAGGUGUAGUAAGCCUUAUGCCAUAAGAAAUUGACCAAUUAUAAUCGAAUUUGAGAAGAAUAAUCGAAUAUAAUUGGUUAAUUCCUUAUGGCAUAAGGCUUACUACACUAUUGUAGAUCCGGGCUUAUAGCGUUUUCAAUUUGUUGACUCGACCCGACUCCGGGUCAAUGGUCUGUUCCUUUUAUCUUCAUUUCUUGCACAGUUUAUCACUUUUUUUGCGGUGGAAAAGAACAAACCAUUGACUCUGAGUCGGGUCGAGUCACCAAAUCGAAAACGCUAUUAGUUCGGUCUCCUGGUUCUAGUCUUCAAUUAUCCCAAUAAAAAACUGAAAAACUAUGGGGCACUGAGUGCCAUUAAGUUUUUUCCAAUGAAAGACGCUAAUAGUUAUAUUUAUGUGAAUUUUCAGGAUACAAUUUCUACGCGAUUUACGAGAGUUUUUUGGAGUUACCUUCAAGAUAGAACCAAUUAAGGGAGAAGAAACGUCAUUGCAAGUACGUUUAACUUGUUUAGGUAUUGGUUAUACCAAUAUAAAUAAACGAACUCU